CCUCCUCCUCCUCCAGCAGAAGCGGCAGCAAGUGGGAGCCGUAAUGGCAUGCGUUGCGCCGACGUUGACGGACAACGGUCAGCUUUACACCUGAGGACAACGAAACGGGGACCCAGUUGGAGUCCCGAGAUUAUGUCCGGAGCUCGUUGCACUGUGGAGAAAAGUUUAUCAGAAGUAGGGAUACACCGGCGGCGGUAACAUGGCAGAGCGCAGCAGCUGCGAUGUCAACAUCCUCAGCAUCCCAGUGCCCAUUCGUCGCGGCGGCUCAGAGUCCAACUUGGACGUGGUGGACACCGUCGGACAUGACGGAGUGGGACUGGAUUUCACCAAGGGAGCGCUGGGUAUCGACAGCCUGCAGCAGAAGAUCCUCAAGGUGACAGAGCAGAUUAAAGUGGAGCAGGCGGCUCGGGACCAGAAUGUGGCUGAGUACCUGAAGCUAGUGAACAAUGCCGACAAGCAGCAGGUAUCGCGUAUCCGCCAGGUCUUUGAAAAGAAGAACCAGAAGUCGGCGCAGACCAUCGCCCGGCUGCAGAGGAAGCUGGAGCAGUACCACCGUCGCACCAAGGACAGCGAGACUAACGGCAAGCAAAGCCACCGGGAUGGGAGCAAGGAGUCAGGGACCCACAGUAAGGAGGGCAGCCUGCGGGACGUCAGCGCCACCGGACGACACCCAGCGCUGGAUAAAGUGAAGACGAUCGGUCCUGGUGUGUCGCUCUCGCCGCCUUUCUUCUUCAACAAGUCGCGGGAGUUCGCCAACCUCAUCAGAAACAAGUUUGGCAGCGCCGACAACAUCGCUCACCUCAAGAGCUCCAUGGAGACAGGGUCAGGGCUGCAGGUGGAGGGCGGAGCGAGGGGUCUGAGCGGCAGCGCCACCACAGUAGCCAAGACGACCAAGUACCAAAGUGACGAUGAGUGCUCCACCGGGACGUCUGCAUCCGCUGACUCUAAUGGGAACCCGGCGGGGGGUUCGGGGGCAGGGUCUGGGGGCCCAGGGAGAUCAGACUCCAACGGGCGUCUGGGGGAGGUGCUGGACAUGGUGCGGGAGAUCAGGGAGGCUCAGGGACAGCUAGCUGAGGACAUGGAGACUAUGAACACACAGUUCAAACGAGACUACAGCUACUUCACACAGAUGAUGCAGGAGGAAAGAUACAGGUAUGAGCGGUUGGAGGACCAGUUAAAUGACCUGACGGAGCUCCACCAGCACGAGACCAGUAACCUGAAGCAGGAGCUUGCCAGUAUUGAGGAGAAGGUGGCUUACCAGGCCUACGAGAGGGCCAGGGACAUACAGGAAGUCCUGGAGUCGUGUCAGACUCGCGUGUCAAAGCUCGAGCUCCAGCAGCAGCAGCAACAGACCGUUCAGCUGGAAAACACCGACGCCAAGGUGCUGCUGGGGAAAUGCAUCAACAUCAUGCUGGCCAUCGUCACCGUGAUCCUGGUGUGCGUUUCCACAGCGGCCAAGUUCACCGCGCCGCUGCUGCGUAGCCGCCUCCACCUGGCGCUCACCUGCGUGGGCGUGUCCGUGUUAGCGCUGCUGUGGAAGAACUGGGAACAUUUGCAAUGCGCUUUGGAACGGUUGCUCCUCCCGCACUGAUCUGGGAGGACAAAGGAGACCAGAAAACUUUGUCCGAACCCUAGGUCCAGGUGUCCAGGAGGUGCGUCGUCGUGGCAACACAAAAAUUGGGGAGGUGUUUACAUGUAGCCUUACACCAGCCCUGGCUCCCCAGCAAUUUUGGGCUCUGUGGUGACUUGAUUUAUAGCUUUGUGCUUUGCAUGUCUAAAUGGGGUCCAAACAGAUCCACGUUAAUUCCGACCAACUACACACAGAUGUAAGCCAAUAUACAACUGAACAGAAGUGUGACAAAACUCUACAACAAAUGCCGAAGGCGCGAACGUACAAACAUGGCACAAAGCUGCCAUGACAGUGAACCACUACACUCAGAACUAUCGAACGAAAGCAAGAUAAAUCAGCUGUCAUUUAUCAGAUGGGAGCCAUAUCACUGGCUCAUCUGGUUAUCAGGAGAUUCGGGAUGGCACCAACAGACACAGACACUAAAAUCUAAAUAUAAACAAGUGGGCUUUUAUCGCAGCUCGGGAAUACAGUGAUUAUUUCCUGUCCUUAAAGGGAAGUGCACCUGUUAUAGCACCACUUCGCACCUCUAAACAAACGCUCAGUGGCUAUCAGUUUUGAACCCGAACAGUACGCCUCUUUGUGCACCAGCCAGCCACCAGCCAGCCACACACACAUCCACUUGAAGGUUGAUUUGUACUGUGUGUCUGGACUACACUGUUCUAUAUUUAUGUGAUGUUUUUCUUGUCAGUGUCUGUCAAGAGGACAAUUUUAGAGCCUGGGAUACGCGUUGUUUUAAACUGUGGUUGUGACUGAGCCUGUCUGAGUGUGUAAGUCUGUGUAUUCAUGUACUGUACGCCUGCAUGUGUAUGUUUAUACCCUGCCUCUUAAAAAAGGAAUAGUUCCACAUCUUGGGAAAUUCGCUGAGGCAAAAGUUGAUACCAAUCUCACGUCGGCGCACGAAAUAUGAAGCUAGAGCCAGGAGGUGGUUUGGUCAGCUUAGUGUGAAGAGUGGAAAAAAAAAAAAAGGAAACUGCUCGCCCGGCUCUGACAGAAGAUCACAAAAUGUACCUACCAGCACCUGUAAAGCUCAGUAAUUUACACGUUAUAGAGGGACAAAGUCAUGAUGCCUUUUUUUUUUUUUUUUUUGUGGCUCAUCGAAAAUUGUGUUUGUUAAAGGCCCCUAAAAACACGAAUAUUGAAUAAACAAUGAUAUUACAUAAAUUUCUUAACACGUGAAGUGAGCCAAAUGACAUAACGUUGAGGCCCUGGAUUUUGGGAGUUAUUAGCAUUGUUACAAAUGUCAGUGGGAUUUUGAAUGAGGUUUUCUCUCUUGGGCAAUAGAGAUCAUUCUUCUCUGUAUCUCAGUUGUUUAAUCCGAAUCAAAACAAAAGGUAUAAAAACACAAAUAUGGGGAUUUUUGCGCUGGACUGUUUCUUGGUUAGAAGAAGUAAUCCUCCCGGCACAGAAACUACCAUAAAACCACAGUGUGUCAUCUUUACAUGUAAGACUUUUGUACAGAUUAAACAGACAUAUUAAUUAGUGAGCUUUGGAGGUGCUGGUAGGCGGAUUUUGUUACCCUUGAAUAAUUUAGCUCUUAGCUCUCAGAAAGAAAGCUUAUGAGCUCAUUUCCCAAAAUGUCAAACCAUUCCCCUCAGAGGAAAAGCUCAUGAACUGCCUCCUGUCAUGUUCAUUUGAAGCUUCUGGGUUUCCUCCCAUAAAAUCUGAUUUUAAAAAAGUUGCUUCCCAAAGCGAUUGGAGAGAGAAGGAGAAAAAAAAGGAAACUCGGUCCGUUAGUGGACUCCCUUUACUCAGUUCCAAAGACUGCAGCGUGUAAACUGUGAGGAAGGCCCACCCGAGACCUGCUUUCAGUGCAGAAAGCACAACUAGCUUUUUGAUAGAAGAGAAGCAGAGCCUCCCUGUGAUUCCUCUCCAGUCGGAGAAGGCGCUCUGAAUGCAGGCACGUUUGACUCAAAGAUCCUGAUUUUAUUGAAUUGCCUUUUUACGAGGUCGAGCAUUGCAAUUUAAUGUCUGUGUGAAGCCUUUGUUGUUGUGCUGCGUACGUGUCCGGCGGGAAUAACAGUAGCACUGCUCUGACAUUUCGAAUUCCUGACUUGAAAGGAUUCUCACCUGCAGACGAGACGGUGACCGAUUGCUGCUGUACAUUUUAGUGGCUCAUAAUAAAUCCUUUUACACACUUGACUCUCUCGCACAGCUGGGGGGUGACUCACGGGAGGUGAUGUCUGAAACGAGCACAGAAAGUCCCGCCGUCGCAUUUUGAGACUCGUGAUACGUAACGACUUGGAGGGGGAACAUUGUUCGGUUUCGGUUCUUUUUUUUUACGUGAAAUAAGUUUGGCUGUUCCUGUGCUAAAAUGCUGAAAUGUAAGCAACCUAGAAAAAUCGGGCCCAUGGGUGUGUCCCCGAGCAGCAUGUACCCCUUGAGACUGCCAUAAGUGGUGAUAUCAGAAUCACAGAGACUGUUUUUUAUUUUUUUCCCGCGUGACAUGAAUGCAGUGUCACAGACCGGAACCGAGGGAACAGAACAAUGUAGCUCCGUUGCUCCCUAACCCUGUGUCACUGUGAUGAUGAUGAGGGGUUGAAAUGGGACUGAUGCCUUCUCAAUGCAGCUUAUUUCUUCUACUGUGUAACUCUCUAUUCUGUUUAUGUCCUUUCG